AUGGUGGUUGCAGAACGGACGGCGCUCUUUACUAUGCUGCAGGCCAGCCAAGGGGUGCAUUGUUUCCAGGCGGGCUCCGGCAUGAAGGGCACCUCUGGUAAUGCCAACCGGGGCUACGCCCCCCCGCCUUACUCGCCGCGCUACACGACAUCAUCGUCCUCCUACCCGCCAGGACCCCCGGGAUCGGCGGGUUUCGAUGGUCUCCAACGGCCGUCGGGCGCGCCGCCGCCAGGUUUCGCGGUUUCGUCGUCCACCGCAACUGAGAGAGGGUAUCCGCCGACAAUGAGCCCAGGCUCAACAGCAGGGCAAUAUCCACCUUCCCAGCCAGGAGGUUAUCCGCCUCCUCAGCCAGGAGGUUAUCCGCCUCCUCAGCCAGGAGGGUACCCGCCUCCUCAGUCAGGAGGUUAUCCGCCUCCUCAGCCAGGAGGUUAUCCGCCUCCUCAGCCAGGAGGUUAUCCGCCCAGAAAUUCUUCAGUGACAAUGCUUAUGCCUGGAGCACCCCCUCUGUCUCCCUUGAAUGAAGCGCCCUCCUUCCCUGAGCUGCCGACGCAAGCAAGAUCGUUUCCGACCCCGUCGUCGUCAUCAACGUCAAUCGGCGAUCCAACCGACAAAUACCCCUCGCCAAGCGCUCUGUUUCCCGUCAGUGCGCGGCCUCGUUACGAGACGCCGACUGCUGCCGUUUACCCUGCGAGCGAUUACAGUUCGAGCAGCCGCGCUGCCAGCGGUUACUAUUCCCUCGGAUACGCUUCUCCCGCGACCGGUGCGCAGUAUGCAUCGGCGUCUAGCGGAACCACCUCGGGCGGAACGAAGGACUUAAUGGGCGACGCGAAGUCUACUGUGCGCAGUAACUUCGAGGACGUUAUAAUGGGGCUACUCUACCCGCUGCACGAGUACCUGGCUCGCCAGCUCCGCAAAGCCAUCGUUGGCCUGGGCACCGACGAGGAGUGCCUCAUCGAAAUACUCUGCACGCACAGCAACGAAGACAUCCGGCUCAUCAAGGAUUACUACCGCCGGAUAUUUAAAAAAGAACUAGAGACGGACGUCAUUGGUGACACAUCUGGUGAUUUUCGGCGUCUACUGGUGUCAAUGUGUAAUGCUCAGCGGGAAGAAGACACUCCCUUGGAUCAUGACCGUGCACGUAAUGACGCUGCUCUGUUGUACCGGGCGGGCGUACUGCGCUGGGGCACGGACGUGUCGGCGUUCAACCGCAUCAUCGCCAGCCAGAGCUACGAGCAGCUGCGCCUCGUGUUCCGCGAGUACAACGCGCUCGCCAACCACACCGUCAUGGAGGCCAUCAAGAGCGAGAUGAGCGGAGACCUCCGCAGGGGAUUCCUCGCCAUCGUGAAAUGCGUCUACAGUCCGCCCUUUUAUUUUGCCGAAAAGCUCUACUACUCUAUGAAGGGACUCGGCACCAAUAACAAAGUGCUCAAGCGAGUGAUAUUGUCACGGUGCGAGAGGGACUUGGAGCUCAUUAAAGAAGAGUACUUCGACAAAUACAAGGUGACACUGGCCAGUGCUAUUCAGGCAGCUGCGCUACAGCUGCGCGCCGACGACCCGACCCUCCGCCAGUAUGAUGGCUCCAUCUAG